AUGGAUGCCGGCGCCCAAUGCAAGUUCGUGCAGGACGACAACAUGGAGUCGCAGCGCGUAGGGCUCUCCUUCGCCUGCGCCAUGGUCUCCGCUGCCUGGAUCUCGGCGAUGUUCUUGGCGCUCGCCGUGGCGGCCUACGCGAACUACACCAUCUACCAGCUGAGGGAGAGUUCCUCCUGCAGAGCGACGAGGCCGGGUACCUCCUCGACCGGGAGGAGACGGCGUGGCCAAGGGCCUCCGCGAGGGCCGGGACCUGGGCAUACCGCGCCGUGCGGCGCGCGCGGAGCGGGAGCCCGCCCAUCGCCUACGCGUCGCCCGCGCAGGGGCCGCAGCCUGGCUGGGGCUCCGUGGCGAUCAGGUCCACGGCGAUGCCCUGACCUGGCCUCCCCCUUCUCCUCCACCUUGCUCCGCCCCCUCCUCCCUGCUCCCU